AUGACAUAUAGUACGAUUACAGUCAUUGGAUCAUUAAACUAUGAUUUAGUUACUUACACCAAAGCAGUUCCAGAAGGUGGUGAGACCUACCAAGCAAAUUCUUUCGAGAAUCAUAUCGGUGGUAAGGGACUUAAUGAAGCAAUUGCAACUUCCAGGUUAUCAGGCAAACAAUCAAAAUGCCAUGUUCGUAUGAUCGGUAAUGUGGGUAAUGAUUCAUUCGGAAAGGAAUUAAAGCAGGCAUUGGUGAAUUCUGGAGUUGAUACGAAAUAUGUUAAAACUUUGGAAAAGCAAUCAUCUGGGGUAGCGGUAAUUAUUGUCGAAGAAGAAAGUGGAGAGAAUAGAAUCUUAAUUACGGCAGGUGCCAAUGGAGAAUUGUGUCCAACUAAGGAGGAAUAUGAAACAUACUUCCCAAAAGACGUCGAUGGAGCUCAAUUUGUUAUCUUACAGAAUGAAUAUCCUGAUACUGUUAAAUCUAUUGAAUGGCUUAAAGCGAACCGUCAAAAAAUUAAUAUUGCUUAUAAUCCUUCUCCAUUUAAACCUGAGUUUAUCAGUCAGCAAUUCUGGUCUAAGAUUGACUUUCUAAUUAUCAACGAGGGAGAAGCAUUGAGUGUUGCAUCAAAAUUACUCACGGACGAAGAAAAUGCUAAAUUCAAUAAAACUAUCAAACUCGACAAAGUAGAAGGGUUCAGCGACUUAGCAGAUAAGUUGCAAGAAAUGAUUAACCCAGACAAUGUAAGUACGGUCAUAAUCACUAUGGGAAGUAAGGGGUCAAUCUUUACAUCCAGGAAUGCUAAAUCUACAUUUGUCAAAUCCCAUAAAGUUGAAAAUGUCGUUGAUACUACAGGUGCUGGCGACACAUUUUUUGGUGGUGUUGUUCUGCAAUUAGCGAAUGGGUCAAGUAUUGAGAAGGCCGUUGAAUUUGCAACUAAAGCAAGCAGCUUAGUUAUUCAAAAAAAAGGAGCAGCAGAAAGUAUUCCAACUUUGGAAGAAAUCAAUAAAUACAUAUGA